UCACUCCUCUUCUUGUGUUGCGUCUCAAAUCCUCUCUCUAGAUUCCUUUAGCCUUUUUCCUUCCCCUCUCCUCCCUCUCUCGAUCCUGCCCAAAACACAACCAGGUUUCGCUCUCACCGGGCCAUCUUCACUGCCGUCGGAAGAGGAGGAGGAGGAGGAGGAGGAGGAGGAGUUGAUUUGUCCGCUGAAACGGCCAGGGAGGAUAUUUAGCAGCUCGCGCUCGACGCGUCGCAGCUCUUUGAUUGGAACAUCACAAUUUCUAUCAUCUAGGCAGCAAGGAUGUCGACUCCUGCGAGGAAGAGGCUCAUGAGGGACUUCAAAAGACUGCAGCAGGAUCCUCCAGCUGGUAUCAGCGGUGCUCCCCAUGACAACAACAUCAUGCUUUGGAAUGCUGUUAUAUUUGGCCCAGAUGAUACACCUUGGGAUGGAGGCACGUUUAAACUGACACUUCAGUUUACUGAGGAUUAUCCAAACAAGCCACCAACUGUACGCUUUGUCUCUAGGAUGUUUCAUCCCAACAUUUACGCGGAUGGAAGCAUAUGCUUGGAUAUAUUGCAGAACCAGUGGAGCCCAAUAUAUGAUGUAGCUGCUAUUCUUACUUCCAUCCAGUCUCUGCUCUGUGAUCCAAAUCCCAACUCACCUGCGAAUUCUGAAGCUGCGCGAAUGUUCAGUGAGAACAAGCGUGAAUACAACAGAAAAGUCCGCGAGAUCGUCGAGCAGAGUUGGACAGCAGAUUGAUUCAUGGUGGAUUGUGCCUACCAUUAUCCAGAAGUUAAGUUACUAUGCGUGACGAAUAAUGCUUGUUAAACUCGAGGCAGACAAAAAAAUGUGUUAAAUCAUAUUCCCUCGUUUGCAAGUGUGGAACUUGACUGUGUUUUAUUUAUUUUUUAUUUUUGUUUUGGUUAGGGUUUGCUUGUCCUUUAAAUUCACACAUUUGCUACCAGUAAAUGUAAUUGCACGCUAAAGUGGAUUAUUCAGUAUAUUGUAAUGAUGAUAAAAGUAAAAGUAUUGUAAUCUUUGAUGCU